AAAUUUUAGAAUUGGUAACCUUCAACGAGUGAUCAAAAAUAAAGAAAAGUGAGAGUACGUCUAUUUCGAGAUAUGAAAUAAUUGGAUUUAUCACGUACUUCCUGUUACAUCAAUGAAGUGCUAAUAUUGAGUCUUUUUUUUUUGUCUUUUUUUUUUGUAUUGAAUAAGACGGGAAAUCAACAAUGCCCGAUUGUUAUAACGCAUCCGACUAGUUUACAUUCGUGAAGCCGAUCGGCAACAUGUCGGUGUUAGCCGAAAGCUUAACACCGACCAAUCAUCUUUAAGGUGAUUAAUAACAAUUGCAUAAAUGACAUCGGACAAUGACACGUUUCAAAAUUCAAAGAAUGAAGUUUUUUAUAUUUUUGUCGAUCUUUCUACUCGGGCAAAUCGCGGUGUGCAGUGGAAGCUUUCGAGAAAGAAAUGUCAAGCGUGAAUCCUCCGUAGUGAGAAAUGUCAUAAACGAUGACGUUUUAUCUUCGUCUAUAAGAAAAAAGCGGCAUAAUGAGGUAUCAUCAUCUUCGUCAUUACCAUCAUCUUCUUCGUCACUGACGAAAGACAUCGAUGACGGGAAAAUGGGCGGGAAUGAAAAGCCGCCGACCAACAUAACCUAUAAACCGCUUGUUGAAGAUUCGAAUGGAACUAUACAAACGACGACAUUAAUGCCAAAAGAGCACAUAGCAGAAGGUCAUUUAACGUCCUUGAAUUCCGGAGCUCUCCUACGUGGCUUUUGCGUCUUCAUAGGAUUGAGCAUUUUGGUCAUGGCCUAUAUCAUGUUCCGUAGCUUUAGGUUCAGUAAAACACGUGCACAGAUGAUUCGAAAGUACGGUAUUCUUGCUCAUAGGCAAGAUGUUGAAAUGCGACCAUUACCAUUAGAAGAAGAAGAUGACGAAGAUACUACUGUUUUUGAUGCCAGCAAUGUUUUAACUAAUAAUGCUCAACAUCAAAACUUGUGAAAAUGUUUCUGUUAGAAACGUGUCAUUUUCUGCGCUUUUAUGUAUGGUAUAUUAACAAUACGCCUCUUCGAUGGUUUUUAAAAUCGAACUAUUUUUUUUUUUAUUAAUGGCAAUUGUACAAAAACAAGAGAAACAAAAUACUUCAUAAUAGUCUCUUUAUUUAACACCAUUGACAUAUUGCUAUCAAGAACAGAAUAUAUUUGUGCGUAUUGGCUUUUCAA